ACCUUCGCAGUCCAAGCAAAAGGAAAAUAAUUUGCAGCAGCAACUACUUCAAAAGCAGUGUGUUUGUGCUUCUCUCUCUGGGCAAUACCAGCAAAGUUCAGAAGUGGGUCUCUACCGGGGGCGCGCACAGACCAAAACAUGAAGACGAUGAUGAACAGUAGUGCUUCAUCAGCAACAGUGGGAAGCUCCAAGAGAUCGAAAACAUCUUGCCGGAGGCUCGGAGGGUACUUGAAGGAACAAAAGAGCAGGCUCUACAUCAUCCGCCGAUGCGUCGUCAUGCUCCUCUGUUGGCACGACUAAACUCAAACCUUCUCUCUCUGUCUCUCUGUCUCUCUCUCUGUCGAAACCAAAAUAGCCCAUCUGAGCUAAGCUCCUUUCUGGUUCGAUCUGGUUCUUGCAAUUGUAAAUAGCGAGACGAGAAAUGUUAGACUGCUGUUUGCUUUUUAUUAGGGUUUUUAUUACCCUGAUGGGAAAUUCUUUGUACGAAGAGCUUAACAUUUGUAGGUUUUCACAGUAACUCAGAAGAGAGUAGAGUUUGCAACAGCCCUUUAAUCAU